CUUCGACAUUCCUGGAUACAGACUUCCAGUAUCAAGAGGCGACCCAAUUCGCAGGUCGCAUCUUCAAGCGCAUGCUGUACUACACCUGCUCCGAUCCACAGGCAUUCCUUCCAAUUGUGCAGGAGAUGCUGCACGGAUUCGAAAACGCGUCAUUCGCAGACAUCGAAUGGGUGGAAAGUAGCGCCCAGAGCCUCGUGAAGAUGGGGCAACGCGAGAACGCCAUCGAAUUGUUGACGUUUUUCGCGCACUCGAGGGCAGACAAGGCCCUGGCUCUGGGUAACACAAUGGCUGAAACUCUGGAGUCGUACAUCAAGUUGACUUCGCGUUUCCGCUAUCCACAGGGAUCGCGCAUCAACGAUCCGGGACUCGGGGCAGAAACAGUCAAUUGUUUAGUAGGAUGGGAUCCCGAUCAGCCCGCCGACAAACAGAAACUCAGGCGGAGGCAUUGA